CACAUUUCUGGGAGGGGUUUUUUGCUGACCUAUGCCAGCAGCGAUCAUCCAGGUAUAGCAGAAGAAUCAGCACAAAUCUGUAAAUCUUUAUCUGUCUUAAGAAUUCCUCUUGCUACUUAUCAUCAUCUCUGGACAGAUUUGUGACCUCAGAUACAGAAUUAAGAUGUGAGGGAAGAGAGGAAUGCAACAUCAUUAUUUAAUAACAUGUUUGGAACGAGCUAACCAUUAUUUGAAGACAGAAUACAGCAAAUUCUGCCCAGCUGGUUGUAGAGACAUAGCAGGAGACAUUUCUGGAAAUGUGGUAGAUGGAUACAGAGAUACCUCUUUAUUGUGCAAAGCUGCCAUCCAUGCAGGAGUAAUUGCAGAUGAACUGGGUGGCCAAAUCAGCGUGCUUCAGAGUAAAGGGUUAAGUCGAUAUGAAGGAAUCCUGGCCAAUGGCGUGCACUCAAGGGAUGGUUCCCUGUCAGAUAAGCGAUUUCAGUUUGCCUCGGAUGAUUGUAGCAAAUCCUUGAGUUUGGAACCUAACAGGCAGAUCACAGUUCAUUGGUCUCCUGGCCAGGCCCAGCAUCAGGAUCAAGGCCCAUCAUGGGCUUCAGGGGACAACAAUAACCGCAAGCAACGAGAGUGGCUGGAGAUAGAUUUGGGAGAGAAAAAGAAAAUAACAGGAAUUAAGACCACAGGAUCCACACAGUCAAGUUUCAACUUUUCUGUUAAGAGUUUUGUAAUGAAUUUUAAAAACAACAGCUCCAAGUGGAGGACCUAUAAAGGAAUUGUGAAUAAUGAAGAAAAGGUAUUCCAAGGAAACUCUAACUUUCAGGACCCAGUGAGAAACAAUUUCAUCCCUCCCAUCGUGGCCAGAUAUGUGCGGAUCAUCCCCCAGACUUGGCACCAGAGGAUAGCCUUGAAAGUGGAGCUCAUUGGUUGCCAGAUUACAAAAGGUAAUAAUUCACUGGUGUGGCGCAAAACAAGUCAGACUACUGGUGUUUCAGCUGAGAGAGACGAUGAGACAAUCACAUAUCCCACCCCCUCAGAAGAAGGACACACAGGAGUGAACUUUACAAUUGUUGCUAUUCCAUUGGGGCUGCUGGUUGCCCUACUGGUUGCUGGAAUGGGAAUCUUUGCAGCCUUUAGAAAAAGGAAGAAGAAAGGAAAUCCUUAUGGAUCAGCUGAGGCUCAGAAAACAGGCUGUUGGAAGCAGAUUAAGUAUCCCUUUGCCAGACAUCAGUCAUCUGAGUUUACCAUCAGCUAUGAUAAUGAAAAGGAGAUGACUCAGAAGUUAGAUCUCAUCACAUGUGAUAUGGCAGAUUAUCAGCAGUCUCUCAUGAUUGGCACUGGAACAGUCACGAGGAAGGGCUCCACCUUCCGGCCAAUGGACACUGACGCCAAUGAGGCAGGGGUGAGCGUGGACGCUGGCAGCCACUACGACUGCCCUCACCGCGCUGGCCGCCACGAGUACGCCCUGCCCUUGACCAACCAGGAGCCCGAGUACGCCACGCCCAUUGUGGAGCGGCAGCUGAUGAGAGCCAACACCUUCUCUGCGCAGAGUGGCUACCGCGUCCCCGGCCCCGCACCCAUGCACAAACAUUCUCUUUCUUCAGGCAGCUUCUUCCCUUCCGAAGGGGCAGGCACCAAAAGUGGAGACUAUCAAAUGCCACAAACCCCCAAGCCUGCGGAUGGGGCGUAUGAUAAGCCCAAAGCGAACAGCUUCUUCCCCGCAGAGAGCAGAGAUUCUGACUAUCAGAAGCCACAGAUGAGUCUCUUAAUGAGUGAUGGUUAUUCAGCACCCAGAGACUGCCCCAAACCCAUCAACCAGACGGCCGGCCGUGACGGCUCUUUUGUGAACACAAUGUGAAAGAAACCUGCCGUGGUACUGAGCUUCUGGCCGUUGUACUGUU